CCCAAAGCUUAGCCUCGAAGCGUCUGUACUGUGUGCGUCCUCUCCUCGACCUCAACCCCCACCCCGCCCUACCUACAACCCUAUUAAAUUCCGCCUUCCGACCCGUAGACCUGAUUGAUCCCCGCAUCGAAUCCGGCGGAUCGGGAGCGGGAGAGACCACUCCCAAAUCGCGUCGCGUCGAGAGCGAGAGCGGAAGAGGUGCGCGCGGGGGAACCGACCGAACCGACUGAUGGAGUCGACGGCGGCGCCCGCCGCCUGCGAGAUCGCGCGCCUGCCGGAUGACCUCCUGUCGGCGGCGCUCGGCCGGACGGGGCCGCUGGACGCCUGCCGCGCCGCCGCGGUCUCGCCGGCCUUUCGCGCCGCGGCCGACGCCGACGCCGUCUGGUCCAGCUUCCUGCCGCCCGACCUGCCCCCGCUCGCCGAUGGGGAGCUCCCCGCCGACGCGACGGCCACCAAGAAGCAGCUCUUCAUGCGCCUCUCCGACCCCGCCAGACCCGUCCUCCUCGCCGACGGCCUCACGAGCAUGUGGCUGGACAGGGCCACCGUGGCCAAGUGUUACAUGCUGUCCGCCAGGAAGCUGACCAUCAUUUGGGGCGAUACGCCGCAGUACUGGCGCUGGAUCCCCCUCACCGACUCCAGGUUCUCAGAAUGCGCAGAACUCCAGCACGUUUGCUGGCUGGAAAUCCGCGGCAAGAUACCCUGCGACAUGCUGUCCCGGAACACCACUUACGCCGCCUACAUGGUGUUCAAGAUGUCCGACGAAUCCUAUGGGCUGGACUAUCCGCUCCAGGAGGCUGAAGUUAGCAUCGGGGCAACCAGGUCCACUCGUCAGGUCUGCCUAGGGUACGUCGACGACGACGAGGACGGGGAAGAGGUGCCUCAGAACUACCGGUCGUUCGGGGCGGUGGGAACUGUAUUUAGACCAAGGAUCGGGAGGCGGAACCGUCGCCAGCCUCCUGGAGUGCACGUCCUGCACCCUCAGACAAGAGCCGGCGGCUGGAUGGAGAUGGAGAUGGGUGAGUUCAGGAACGAGGAAGGUGAAGAUGGCGAGGUGUCCGUCAGCCUCAUGGAGACCAGGGGCGGCAACUGGAAGAGAGGUCUUACUGUGCAGGGCAUUGAGAUCAGGGUGAAGAAGUAAGGAUGUGAAGGUUGUGGGGAUCGGGCUUUGCGCAUCAAAACAAAUAAAAGGAUCUUAGUUAGAUUUGUAGUGCGUGUUCUACUGCACUGCAGCACUUGCGUAUGUGUGUGUCUUGCCUAUGCCCAGCAAAAAAAAAAAACAAAAAGUUCUUCUUGAGGCAAAAGAACUGCAGUUUUGUACACAAUAUUGUUGUGUCCCAGAUCACUCGGUGCUCGAUGACUGGCCAUGUUUGCUUUUGAAAGUGUAAACUAGGUGUGCUUGUUACGAUCACACAAAUCACCAAUGGAGAACACCAAUUCUCGC